ACCUAUUUAGUUAAAUAGAAAUUAAUUUUUAUUUAAAAAUGUUUCGUGUAAUUUUGUGUAUUGGAUUUUUGGGAAUUUUUGGAUUAGUAUCAACGGCAGUAUCACCAAAAAUACGGGUUCGACCAAAACAAGCCAGUGCUCCACCUCCAUCAGCUGUGGAAACAUUAAAUUUACCCAGUAAUGCAACAUCCAUUCGUGCUGAAAUUACAGAUUCAUUUUCAUGUGAAAAUCGAACAUAUGGUUAUUAUGCAGAUGUUGCUAACGAUUGUCAGAUAUUUCAUGUUUGUUUACCUGUAACGUACGCUGAUGGAAAGGAACGAACUUUUCGAUGGAGUUUCAUCUGCCCAGAAGAGACACAAUUCAAUCAGGAAAAUUUUACGUGCGCUAGACCAGAAGAUUCAAUUGAAUGUUCAGAGUCGGAAAAUUUUUAUGAUUUAAAUGGUAAUUUUGGACAAUCUCAAACAGAGGAAACACCUGGCGAUGAAGAAAAUUCCACAGAUUCAUCUAUUUCUCCAGAAAAAUCUCCAGGAGAACCUGCCGGAAGAAGAAAACCUGAUGUGCGACGGAGAAAGGGUUGACGUAUGAAUGAUUUUAAUAUGCCAAGAACCAUUUUUUAUU